CCAAAGUCCUACACAUAAUAAUACCAGAAAUUGUGACUGUCUCAUAUUAUCCAACAUGAGACCCAUGUUCACUUCUCAUAUAUUUUAAGUUUACACUUUUCUUUUAUAGAUGAGAGACACCAUAUAUCAAAAGAAUUUACGGCAUAAAUCAAAAGUAACGAAAUUAAUUUAACUAAGUAAAUUUUAGUUAGCCCAAAGGCUACGCUGACAGAAAAUGUACAAAUUAUCUCAGACUUAAAAUUGGCGUGACAAGCUAAUGGCGAGAAAAAUGCAAUGCUGCAGAUAACCUGCUCCCAAGGGAACCAACUAGUGAUGUGGUCUUCAAGUACAUUUUUUGUUCUGAUUCUACCAUCUAAAACCUCUUCCUUUAAAUACUACUGCUUUCUACCUCAUUCGAAUACACUCGAAAUUAGCAUUCUGGCAGGAAAAUGGAAAGCGAGAAAGAAAAGCUUAUUAACAAUAAAAUAACUGGUUAAUAAAAAUAAAUGAAUCUCUUCAAGAAAUCAUAUGAUUUCUUUUGGACUUAAAUUUUUUGUAAACAUUUUUAAUUCUUUGUGAUUUAUGUUGAAUUUUGUUUCAGAUGGGGCAUGAACGUCAACAAAGCGCAACUGACCUACGUACAUACGCUGCCAGACUUUAAUAAGAUGUUGGCGGAUCCUACUAAAAAAAUCAAAGAUGUCUUUCUUCCCACGCCUGAGGUGGCUGCCAUUUCCUGGGAAUCUUCAAAGGAGUUUGUGCCGCAGGAUGCCUCGACCAACAUUUUCCUAGCGACCUUCACAACAGCUUGGGCUCGUCUCAAGCUGUAUAGUGAAAUGGAGAAGCUGGGUCGAGAUGUCCUGUAUCACGACACAGAUUUCAUCAUCUAUGCCUCGAAUGGUUGCAACGAUCCCCCCUUAGGAAACUUCUUAGGAGAAUUUACCGACGAACUGGAUGGAGAUGUUAUCAAAACCUUCGUGUCAGGAGGACCGAAAAACUACGCAUACCAGACGGCCACUGGGAAAACUUGCUGGAAAGUCAGAUGAUUUUCAUUGAACUUCCGGAAUUCCCAGUUGCUGAAUUUUGAAGCCAUUAAAAGUCUGGUCUGCAGCCUCGACCGAAGUGAGAUCAUCUCUCUCCACAACCCCUGCAAAAUCACCCGAGAACCAAAAAGAAGAAAGGUGGUGAAUAAACCGGAAACAAAACUGUACAGAAUUGUGUUGGAUAAAAGGGUGAUGCAACAGGACUUGACCACCUUACCAUUUGGCUUUUGAAAAUAACUUUUGUAAAAAUGUAUGGUAUGUACAAAAAAUGUUUGUAUGUAAAAAGAUGUUAUGCACAGUAUUUGCGUGUAAAAACUUAUUUAGAUAAAAAAUAAACAGAAGUUUGAAAA